AUGGCAGACCUUCAUCCCUCCGGCGCGGGGAAUAAUGCAUUUUCCACCAGCUCCAGCACAUCCUCAAACCCACAGUUUACACCGGUUUCGUAUGCCUCUGACGAAGAUAAUCCAGUGCCAGGCCCCGCAAAACCACCCACAACCCCAUUGCGACUACAGACCAACUUUGAUGACCAUCAAGACGUCGGCGACCCUUUAUCGGAUUUCGAGAACGAUGGGAACUACAACGCCAGCGAGGAGCUCGAGGGUAAGCUGCCGCGCAGCGGCUUAGGCCCAAGAUACACACCGGAGGAGGAGAGCGGGGUAGUGAGGAGAUUUGACCGGAGGCUGGUCCCGUUUUUGGCCCUUCUCUACUUGCUCUCCUUCUUGGACCGCUCGAAUAUUGGAAAUGCAAAGAUAGCGGGACUCCAAGACGAUCUACAACUUUCAUCUUCGCAGUAUGAAUGGCUACUCACUGCUUUCUAUAUUACUUAUAUUCUCUUCGAAUGGAUGACCCUGAUGUACCGUGUUGUUCCCCCGCAUAUUUAUAUCUCUUUAUGUGUAUGUGGAUGGGGUCUUGUCGCAUCAUUCCAGUGUCUAGCUACUUCUUUUGGGGGCCUGGUCGUUCUCCGGGCGUUGCUUGGUAUCACCGAGGCGGCUUUUGGCCCGGGUGUCCCGUUUUACCUGUCUUUGUUCUAUCGCAGACACGAGCUGGCUUUCCGUAAUGGAUUGUUUAUCUCAGCGGCACCACUCGCGACAUCUUUUGCUAGCAGUCUCGCCUACUUGAUUGUUAGAUUCAGCAGUGGCGGUCCGAUCUCACCGUGGCGAACUCUGUUCCUUGUCGAAGGGUUCCCGAGUGUAAUUGUUGCAGUAUUUGCUUGGUUCCUGAUUCCAGACUCCCCUGGUCGGGCUCGAUUCCUGAGUCGUCGACAAAGAGUGGUAGCUCAGCAGCGCCUCGAGGAGAGCACAGCCGAUUAUCAGCAAUCGUAUGGAAGUCGAUUUAACUGGCGAGAAAUCCUGAAGACUGCAGCUGACCCCAAGGCUUAUAUGGCUGCCUUUAUGUUCUUCAGUUGUAACGUUGCUUUCAGCUCAAUGCCUGUCUUUUUACCUACUAUCAUUAAAGACAUGGGAUAUUCCUCCUUACAGGCCCAGGCCCUCUCAGCACCUCCCUAUCUCAUCGCCUUUGUUGUAGUCCUUCUCACCGCAUACGCGUCAGAUCGCAGUCGCUCCCGAAGCCCAUAUCUAAUAGCCCACGCCCUCAUCUCAUCACUCGCUUACUUAGCGAUCGCAGCAACGGGUUAUUUCCACUCACACCUGCCACCACGGUUUCACAUAUUCAUCCGCUACAUCUGUGUCUACCCCGCCACGGCCGGGUUCUUCUCCGCAAUCACCCUCAUUAUCACAUGGUCAAUGGAUAACCGUGUCGAAAAGGAGGGCAAGGGCGCGAGCAUAGCCAUUCUCAAUAUCAUCGGACAGUGCGGACCCUUGCUCGGGACGAGACUGUAUCCCGAGACUGACGGGCCGUGGUAUAUUCGGGGCAUGGCCACUUGCUCGUUUUUCAUGGUUGUCGUUGCAGUUUUUGCGGUGGCACUGCGCAUUCUUUUACAGAGGUUGAAUCGGGCAGCUGCGGAAACGACAUAUACCAUUGGACAGGCUGGUCCUGUUGAUCAAGGUGGAGAGCGGGAUGUGCUUAUCGGUGGUGGUAGGAGGGAUGAUUUGGAGCAUUCUACUGGGGCUAGAAGGCUUGUGUAUAUCAUGUGA